AUGUACAUAGGGCCCUCGGUGGCUUGUGAAUACGACUGGGAUCCGAAGGCCUUUGAGCCCUACUUCGAGAUUUUGGAAGUGUAUUCCACAAAGGCCAAGAAUUAUGUAAACGGGCAUUGCACCAAGUAUGAGCCCUGGCAGCUAAUUGCAUGGAGUGUCGUGUGGACUCUGCUGAUAGUCUGGGUAUACGAGUUUGUCUUCCAGCCAGAGAGUUUAUGGUCAAGGUUUAAAAAGAGAUGUUUUAAGCUUAUCCGGAAGAUGCCUAUUAUUGGUCGUAAGAUCCAAGAUAAGUUGAACAAGACCAAGGAAGAUAUUAGCAAGAAUAUGUCAUUCCUGAAAGUGGACAAAGAUUAUGUGAAAGCCCUGCCCUCUCAAGGAAUGAGCCCGGCUGCAGUUCUGGAGAAGCUCAAAGAAUACAGCUCUAUGGAUGUCUUGUGGCAAGAAGGGAAAGCCUCCGGAGCGGUGUACAGUGGGGAGAAGGAGCUCACUGAACUCCUUGUGAAGGCUUAUGGAGAUUUUGCAUGGAGUAAUCCGCUGCAUCCAGAUAUCUUCCCAGGACUACGUAAGAUAGAAGCAGAGAUUGUGAGGAUGGCUUGUUCCCUAUUCAAUGGGGGACCAGAUUCGUGUGGAUGUGUGACCUCCGGGGGGACAGAAAGUAUUCUGAUGGCCUGUAAAGCUUAUCGGGAACUGGCCUUCGAGAAUGGGAUCAAAACUCCAGAAAUUGUAGCCCCCCAGAGUGCCCAUGCUGCAUUUGACAAAGCAGCCAACUAUUUUGGGAUGAAGAUUAAACGGGUUCCACUGAACAAAGUGAUGGAGGUGGAUGUUCGGGCAAUGCGAAGAGCCAUCUCCAGGAACACUGCCAUGCUCGUCUGUUCUGCCCCACAGUUUCCUCACGGUGUGAUAGAUCCUGUCCCUGAUGUGGCCAAGCUGGCUGUCAAAUACAAAAUACCUCUUCAUGUGGAUGCCUGUCUGGGGGGCUUCCUCAUCGUCUUUAUGGAGAAAGCCGGAUACCCACUGGAGCAACCAUUUGAUUUCCGGGUGAAAGGUGUGACCAGCAUUUCAGCUGAUACUCAUAAGUAUGGCUACGCUCCCAAGGGCUCUUCAGUGGUGUUAUACUCUGAGAAGAAGUACAGGCACUAUCAGUUCUUCGUUGACACAGAUUGGCAGGGCGGCAUCUACGCUUCCCCAACCAUUGCGGGCUCACGGCCUGGUGGCAUCAGUGCAGCCUGUUGGGCCGCCCUGAUGUACUUCGGUGAGAGCGGCUACGUUGAAGCUACCAAGCAGAUCAUCAAAACCACUCGCUUCCUCAAGUCAGAACUGGAAAACAUCAAAGGCAUCUUUGUUUUUGGGAAUCCUCAAUUGUCAGUCAUUGCUCUGGGCUCCCAUGAUUUUGACAUCUACCGACUAUUCAACCUGAUGAAUGCCAAGGGCUGGAGCUUGAACCAGUUGCAGUUCCCACCCAGCAUUCAUUUCUGCAUCACGUUGGUACACACCCGUAAGCAAGUAGCGAUACAGUUCCUAAAGGACAUCCGGGAAUCCGUCACUCAAAUCAUGAAGAAUCCGAAAGCAAAGACCACGGGAAUGGGUGCGAUCUACGGCAUGGCCCAGGCUACAGUCGACAGGAACCUGGUGGCAGAAUUGUCCUCCGUCUUCUUGGACAGCCUUUUCAGCACAGACACUGUAACUCAGGGCAGCCAGAUGAAUGGUUCUCCCAAACCCCGCUGAGCUGGGAUCCUCCGUGGCCCCGAGGUGCAUCUGGCCUCCAGAAGGUUCUCGGGGUGUGGGACCGGCCACGUGGUUUCAACAUCUGGUCUUUGCUCCAUAGAGCACAACGAAGCAGACCAUGAGACAGCUUGAUCCUCAGGAUUCUUGCUUCCAUCCUUUUGUGGUUUUUAAUGUGAAGACUCUAAAGGAUGCCAUGACGUAAUUAUUUUGCCCUUGUUCUAAAUGUUACCCUGGGAAUUGUUUUAACCAUUUCCUUCUCUAACCUCUCUUGCUUUCAGCUUCACUUAAUCACGGUGUGGCAGCUCUGACCUGUCCUGACUCCUUAGGGAAGCUGGGCCACAGUUUACGAGAUAGGAAAAGGUUUGCUUUGUUACCUCAGGCAGGUGGGCUAGUCAGACGGGAAGUGUUCCAUAACCGAUGUUUCCCUCGGUGGGGGUGAGGUCUGCUCUAAGCAGGAGGCUUUUCCAGUCCUCCUC